UUGUCCAUUUUCCAGUUCAUUUUUGCAGCUACAGAGAGAAAUUUAUUAGUCUGUAUUGCCGCCUUUCUGCUGUUGUGGAGCUGGAUUCUCUGAAUACCCAACAGUCCCUCAGGGAAGCGAUCUCAGACAGCGAGGUUGCAGCUGCCAAACAAAGACACCAGCAAGUUUUAGAUUUCAUUCAGCAAAUAGAUGAAGUUUGGCGGGAAAUGAGAUGGAUCAUGGAUGCUCUACAGUAUGCAAGAUACAAACAACCAGUUUCUGGCUUGCCCAUCACUAAGCUGAUAGAUCCCUCAGAUGAGCAGAACCUAAAGAAGAUCAAUUCUACAUCAUCAUCACAUAUAGACUGUCUUCCAUCCCCACCCCCUUCCCCAGAGAUGCACAGAAGAAAGGCAGUGAGUGAUUCACAGCCCUGCUCUGAUGAAGAAGGCUGCUCAGAAGUCUUCCUCCCCACCGACAGUGACUAUGACUCCAGCGAUGCCCUGAGCCCCCGAGACCUGGACCUGGUCUACCUGUCAUCGCACGACAUUGCGCAGCAGACCCUUAUUGGCCUAAGCGGCAGCGCCCCCGACGUCCUACAAGUGCACGACGUGAAAACCCCACUGGGGCCCGGCCAGGAUCCCCAGGGCGAGGGCCCAAAUCCCGAUCGCUCAUGUGCUGAGUUCCUCCAUAGCCUGACCCUCACCGGGUUCACACCCAAGAACCACGCCAAGACUGUGUCAGGUGCGCGGCCGCCGCUAGGCUUCCUGGGAAAACGGAAGCCAGGCAAGCACCCCCACUACGGUGGCUUCAGCCGCCAUCAUCGCUGGUUGCGAAUGCACAGCGAGACCCAGUCGCUAUCGCUCUCUGAGGGCAUUUACACACAGCACCUGUCCCGGGCCUGUGGUCUGGCCCAGGAGCCCGAGGAGGCCAAGCGGCCCGGCCCUGCCCUUGAUGGUCCCAGGGGCCUAACUCUGGCCCACGCUGCCAGUCUUCCUGAGGAGCGGAACAGCAGUCUCCAGGACGCGAGGCCUUCGGUCGGCCGCCUCUACGUGGAGCCUUACACAGCGGCCCUGGUGCCCCAGGACGAAAAACCAUGGGCUGGCUUGAGCCCGCCCUCUGGAGGCCGCAGCACCCUGCCCAGCCCCACAGGCCCCGAUGUGAGCCAGGAGGGCCCCACCGCCUCUCCUGUGUCAGAAAUACUCAGCAGCAUGCUUUAGGGAGACCUAUCCUGGCUGUCCACCCCUCCAUCACUACACCCUUACCCCCAUCCUGCCCCACUGUGACCCCACUCAUUUUCAAGAGUUUUGAAUGUUUUAAAUCCAAAGGUUACAAGUUCAGGGUCCUCCUUUUUUAGAUAGAGUCGGGGGUGGAGGCCAGAGUUGCCAGUGCCAUUCCCACUUCAGCCUAGAAAGGGCAUGGGGGAGUUGUUGUGUCAACAUGGAAUACAACAUGCAAUGACUCAAACAUGCCACCCUGUUGGUGGCACCUAUGACUGAAGUUGGCCAUCCCAAAGAGAGACGCUCUGUUCUGCAGCUGGUUCUGUAAUCUGACCCCUGGUUUAGGGCUCUUUCACGAGUUUGUGAUUGAUGAAGAGAAGUUCCAUAAAUGAAAAUAAGGUUAGCAUCGUUUCUCCCUCCAUUCCAAACCUUCAGAAGAGUUUGAGGGAAAGACACCAGGUUGUGUCUCCAGGGCACCGGGGUCAAGUGGGCUUGACCUUGGUUCCCUGUCAGCUAAACUAGGUCAUUCCAAAGUACAGAGUUCUCAGGGCUCACCUUAUCCAGUUUAUCCAUCAGUACUUAUCUGAUUAAAUAGGCCUUGACAGGCCUUUUUUUCUUCGCAUAGUGGUGUGUGGAGACCACCAGAAACAAAAGUAGAGAAUUCUUCUCUUUCAGCUCUAUCUUGCAAAGACAGAAUAGGACAGAAAGUAGCCCUUCCUGUAUACCCAGCUCCCAUCCAGGCAUGAAAAUGAACCAUAGAUUGUUACAGGGGUCAAGGAGAUGGCUAAACAAAGUGAUAGCCUAAAUUACAGAUAAGACAGGGGAGGGAGAGAGACAUGGGCAGAAAUAUAUUUCCUUUACAAUUCUAAGUUAAGCGAUGUAAGUCCAUGGGGGCUGUGUCUCUGAAAAUCAUAGUGGAUCAGCUCCAGAUUCUUUGGUGAUGAAAUUGUCAUUGAACCAUAAAGUGCCCUGCAGAUAUGGCCAGUCAGCAAUGGGCUCCUCACAAUCCCACAGGCAUAUCCACUCACCCUACAUCAUAGAUCAAGAGUCAGAUUGUCCAGGGCUAGGGUGGCUGCCUUCCCCUUUCAUCUUACCUCUCCUUACAUCAAAUUGGCCCCAAAAUCAUCUGGCCCAAUUAGCAUCAGAGAAAGUAUGCUCAGAAGCCCUUACCAGUGGUUCACUCCAAGGAUGUGCUAAAAAACAUCUGGAAAUUUUGCUUUGGUCUCAUUACCUCCUAUCUGAAUUUCUUGCAAGAAUCCAAAUUAGACAAAUCACACUGCAUAUUCAGAAAAGGCACGAGUCUCCUCAUCUCCUGGAGCCAAGACCCAUUCACUUCACUGACGUUCUAAAUGAUCCUUUUCUGCUUCACAGGCAUUUCAGUUAAAUAUUGCUCUUUAUGGCCCUAUCCUUGUCCACAGAGUUCUACCAUUCCUCCUCAGGGGAGUUCAUACAAAGUCCCCUGUUCACAAUGUUAUUCUGAUCCCUUCCAUUUUAAAAACAUUUGAUUUAAACAUAAAUAAUUACCCUGCUGCAAAGGUACAGAUUUGGCCCAUGGCCUAUGGUCAUUAGAAAACUAAAGCCCAGAGCUCAGACUUUAUUUUUUUAAGAGAUUUUAUACUCAAUGAAACCCCCAAAGAAUCUUGAUCAGAAUCACUACAGCUCCCUUUUCAUGCCUGGGAGGAUUUUAAAAUGCAAUUUUCUUGUCUAAGUGAAUUCUAUGUGCAUGGAAAGGGAGAGUGUUAGAACUAGAAGGGCCCAUAAAAUUCAUCUAAGUCGUGGGUUUCCAGGUAGGGCAGUUAAGACCCAGAGAGGUUAAGUGACUUGCUCAAGGUCAUGGAGCUGGUUUAGUCUCAGAGACAGGAUCAGAACUAGAAUCAUCCCCUUUAUACCAGGCCGUCCCAUUGGGAAUUGGUCCAUACCUAGUUAACUCUUGAUUGUUGUCUACAGGGUGCCUCCUAUUUUGUAGAUCAUCUACCUACUUCUGAUUUCAAAUUCAGCCUUUACCUAACAAGUUUCCAAUAUUACAGAGCUGCUUGUUGCCAGGGAAUACCAACUUCAUGUAAUACACAUCUCAGUUAAUUAAUUAAAAAGUAAAUUUGGGAAAAACAUUUCAAAUUAUGCCUCCUAGUUAAUAACAAGAAUGGCAAAGUCAUUUGCACUCAGUUUCUACUUAUUUCUAAUUAUAAAAUGGAUUGUUCUGUUCAAUGAGUUUGUGAGAUGAUAUUCUAGGAUUGUGAAGAACUAAGAAUCCAAGGGAUUUCCUGAUCCUGAUCAUUCCGGUGGCAUAGGAGGAAGUUUGUGACUGAAUCAGGUGGGAGGCAUUCAACAAACAGCAGAGGCAGAAACUGACCCACCCUUCGGACCCCUCAUUUGGUCGGUAACUUCUGGCAUACUGGACCAAAAUUGCAUUAAUUUUAAACCUGCUAUUUUAUAUUGGGGACAUAAGGUUAUUUUUUCAUCUUCUGUGAGGAAAGAAGGCAUGCCCACAAAAAGAAUAAUGCAUGUUAGAUUUUAACGGGCAUACUUAAAUCAAUUGCAAAUGCAUUUUAUUAGCAAUAUUCCUAAAUAAAAGUGGGUAUUUUAUAGCUUCCAUAAUUAGCUAUUAUUCAGGUAGGUUUCCCCAUACCUCCACUUUGCAAUAUUUUGUGAGCCCAGUUUAAAUUAAUACAUUCUUGUGAGAGACAACUGUGUUCUCUAAUUCACAGUGCUUUAUUCAUUUGGCCGAUCUCCUACUUACAGAGACUUUACAAUGUCUGAGGCUAUUUUGUUUUAUUUUAUUGUUUUUGUUUUGUUUAAUUUUGGAUACAAUGGAUUUUUGUCUUUCACUGUUUUGUUUUUUGUUUUUUUUAAAUCCAAUAUGAGAGCCUCUGAAGGAAACUGUCCCAGGUCUUCUUUUCCAGGGUUUUUCUAACAUGCUUGAUCGGCUUUCAUCAUUUGUGAAAAUCCUCAAAAAUCCUUGAUUGAGGUUCUCCCAUAUGUCUGUCUCGACUCUAAGUCCCAUUGAGAUCCAAAGAAUCAAGUGUGAAACAUAGUCCUGGGCCACAAAAAGCUCACCAUCUGAUCUAAGAAUGUAACCAUAUGUUCACCAUACAUCUUCUCAACAAUCUCUUAGAAGAGGCAGGAGCCUGUCUCCUCAGCCAGGCAGACAUAGUGCACGUUGGGCUACAUCUUUGAUUUCUUCUCACUGUAUAGACUCUUGAGGGAGUACAAUCUGGAAAAUGCAAGUCAUAGGUGUAUAUGUUUGGCAACUACUUAACAAAGCUAAAACAUCCUCUUAAUUGGAAAGGGUGCCUGGGAGAGAGUAAUGAAAAACAUUCACUCCAAGGAAUGAGUAUUUUAAGAAGCAGGUACUUAAAGAUGAGAGUCAUUCCCUUUAAAGAACAUUCACUAAUGUUCGAAGCAAUAAUUACACUGGAGAAAAUUGUUUCAUUUGGUUUGAAAAUUGAAGCAAGUUAGUAAUAAUAUUUCGCCAGUCCUCUUUCCUGAAGGAUCCCAAAGCACUUUAUGAAAAGCAAUGACUGAAGCCUUGUUGUACUCCCCUAAAGAAACCUUGUCCAGGAGCCACCUGGCAAACACCUACCAUGUCCUUGCCAGGAGAUCAUGCCAGACAAGUGGAAAGGAGGACUGGCCCCUCGUUCAUUGUUAUCCUGCCACACAAAUGUGAGCCCUGGUGAGUUUGGAGCUCUUCCCUUGAAGAUAACUCUGUUAGACAAGGAGACAUCCCAGAAAAUACCUCCUUGGUCUCCUCUGGUUCUUCAUCCUCCAACCAAGACGUACUUACUUUCUCUUGGAGAACUAACUUAACAGCUUAAGUUAGGUAUGUCUGCAAUGCAUUUAAGUUGCCUAGUUAUGUCAACAAGACACAGAAUUCACUGACUUCUGAAAAUGUACACGUUAGGAAGGUGAUAACAUUUUUCUACAGCUCUCUCAACUUUGUAUGUAGCAGAGCUACAGCAAAGAGUGUGCAUCUCUUGGUAUAUGUGCUUAUUAAGCUAUCACAUACCAAUUAGAGAAAGUAGCUAUAGAUUAACAAAGAACACACUCUGAGAAUUCAAACUGUUGCAUAGUCACUUUAUGAAGUCUAAAUAUUUUUCCAGAUGAUUUAAUGAAGCAAACCUGGACUUUUUUCUUCAAGGUCAUAUCUUUAAGGAAAUUUUUUAAAUAGCUAUUUGGAAAGCAAUGGUAUCUCUUCAUGGGUAAUAGGGUGAGCAAGGAAAAAAACUGUUUUCUUUGCUGGUCACCUCUCAUAAGAUGUUCAAACACGUGGCUUAUGACUGUUAAGCUAAACUUCAAUGCGGCCUUACAAACAACAAGGGUAGUGUAUUUGAAACCAUGUUGUACCGCUUGGAAACUUAUUCUAAGAUCUUAAUACAGACUUUUUCUGAGGUGUUGAACUUUGCCAUUAGCAAAAAGUAUUUUUAGAAAAAUCCAUUGACUGUUUAUGAAGCACUGAUUUUGCCAUAUUUCUGGUCUCUGCUUUUUCCACCGCAUCUGCACACAGCAGUUAUAUUUGUUUUUUCAAUUAUUUAUUCUAUUUCCACUAAUAAUGACCUUGUAAAACAGUUAUUCAAAAGGAUGAUUGGUUUUGUUUAAUAAUUGUAUAGGUGGGCUGUGAAAAAUAUUCUAUUGUGAUAAAGGAAGUAGGAGAUUUGUUGUUGUUUUAAAUAUUAUCAUAGAGUCUUUCUCCUACAGAUAUAUACUUUUUUUUUAUUUUAGCAAAAGCCAAUAUUUAACUUAGUGGCAAAAGUUAUGAAGCUAUUAGUUAAGGCUCUUUGCUCCUCUUCCUGCAGUCCAUGACAUGAAAGUCUGAAUAUACUUUCACAGUAAUCACCCUCCAGUGACUGAUUUUCAAAAGCCAAGUCUGGCAAAUUAUUGUAAGUCACUCUGAGUUGCUAUGUUGCCUCUUGCCUUGUGAAAAUCAGAUGUUUCGGGGUAUCCCAUGUAUGUGACCACAAGCAUCAGUUUGAUGUUUGUGAUUUUUUAAAACAGUGUGUGCGUGUAUGUGUGUGUGCGUGUGUGUGUGGUGGUGUCAGAGAGAUGUUUCAUAGAAAAAGUAAUUUAAGUGACAUUCUUAUUUGGCAGUAUUUAAUUGCUUCCUUCCUAAUGUGUACAUAGCAAUCUGGCUGAUUAUUGGUUAUUUGUUCAGAAUUUAUUGUAUCUUGUUGCUGUGUAUGCAACUGAGUGUGUGUUAAAGUUUAGACUUCAGUACGCUAUCUGCACAAUUUUGUGUGCUUUAAACCUCUGUAAAUAUGCAGAUGAAUCAUGAUCAUGUAUGAUGUGUUAAAUGUGACUUCCACUCUUGAAACGAAAAUAUUUUAUUGUAUGUACAUUUGAAAACUAUUUGAACAAUCUAAAUGUAUAUUGUAAAUGUCCAGUACCCUCAGUCAAAAACAGCACUGGUAAAAUGUAUGCCUCCUCAACCUACCAAUUUAUAAGAGGUCAGGGAUUAAUGAGAAUUAAGGUAAUUUUUCUAAUGGCCUGUAUUUUUGGUAAUUUCUUACCUGCCUAAGUGUAUUUUCAAGAAAAAUUGUUGACAGAAGAAAUCUAAGCUAUCAGAGGGAAUGACUUUAUUUCAUAAGCAUUAAUUAUACUUUAUGUCUUUCCUAAUAUUG